AACGACUUCUUCACCGAUGUCCCAUCUUCUCCCUUUGUUCCCCUCCCUUCGCCAUCUCCUCUCAAACUCCCUCGUUCUCCCUCUGCUCCAGUUCUCUGAUUCCCUCCCUCCCCUCAACCCUCCCUCCAACACUCCCUCCGACCUUCCCUCCAACCCCCCUCCCUCUCUGAUUUUCCUCCAGCCCUCCCACCCUCCAACCCUCUGUCCUUCCAGCCAACCCUCCCUCCAACCCUCCCUUCAAACCUCCUUCCAACCCUCCCUCCAACACUCCCUCCAACCUUCCCUCCCCACCUCCCUCCUUCUGGUGCAGGAACAUGGGAGAAUUGGAGUGGAGGGGGAAAGAGGAGGAGGUUUGGGAGUAGAUGACGAAGGGGGGGAGAAGAGCAGAUGA